AUGCGCGGCCGCGCAACGCAGGACGCCGGAGGCCCUGCCAGUCGGCCAAACUCGCGCUCGAGCAGCAGAUUGCGCACUCCAAGCACCUCGAGAGUGCCGCGGCCGAACCUGUCACUGCGGGAUUCGAGGAUAGCAUCGUUUCGACCAAAUCAGCCCACGCCCACCCCCAACACCCACUCCGGAGACGCAAACGCAGACAGACCCCCUUCAAGACAGAGCGUCGCCGUCGCCUCUGUUCAGAGCUCGCUCGAGCAUUCAAGAUCCAAGGAAAACCUCGUGCCACCCGACACAGACGGACAUGAGAAACUUCGAAAGGAGAUUGAGGCCCUCAAGGCCGAGGUGGGAACCCUGCAGUACCGCCUCCAGACCGCCGAGCAAGAAAAGGACAUUGCACUGUCUCAACAGAGCAACAAGAUGGAACAGGCCCGGCGGCGCGAGCAGGAAGAGGUCCAGCAACGACAGUCUGCCGAGGCGGAAAAGGCCAAGACGGACACCAAGCUGGAGUCGCUCAGACAGGAACUGGAGCAGCUGAAGGAAGCCUCGGAGAACGAAAAGCGACAGCUCGAGUCCAAGCUUCGCGCCGCCGAAGAUGAAGCCCGUCUCGCCCAAGAGCAGCUGGAGGAUGUGACCAGCGCCAAAGACGAAGCAGCCAGACGAGCAGACAAAACGGCCAGCGACCUACAUAUGCAAAUUGCUGCCGCAAACAAUACAAUACAGGAGAUGCAGCAGGAGGGCGAGGCGCGUGAAGUCACCUUGCGACAGUAUCAGGAACAAACGCUGGAAAAGGACCAGCUGAUUGGCAAGCUGGAGGCAGACGUACUGCGGCUCAAGGCGCAAAGCGGCGAUGCGGAAACUAUUGAGGCAAUCAAGAGGGAGCUGUCAGAACAGGUCUCGCACAUGCGGGCUCUGGAAGCCGCAAAUCGCGAACAGCUUGCCGAGCUGAAACGACUCCGAGCCAACAACAAGGCUGUGGAGAUAGUCGAGGAGGAGAAGAGGACGCUGAUGCGCAAGGUCGAGGCGGCGGAGCGGCUAGAGGCGGAGCUGGCUGAGGCGAGGAUACAGCGGCAGAGGCUGGAGGAUGAGCGUCUGGCGUGGUCGGCCUACCUCGAGAAGGUGUCGGAAACUGGCCAGGCCGAGUUCGACUCUCCCGAAGCAAUUGCUCGCGCUCUCGUCCAGGAGCGGCUGACCAGCGCCGCCUACGUCGAGCAGCUCGGAGCUGUCCGAGCCGAAGUCACAGCACUCCAGGCGCAGCUGCAGGCUCUGGAGGAGGAAAACGCCCAGCUCAAGAGCCAGCUCGAGAACGCCACGACGACUGCGCAGGCGGCCAACACCGACAAGGUCCGCAUGCGCCUGGAUCGCCAGCGUGCUCUGGCCCUGAAAGAGGUUGAAUACCUGCGCGCGCAGCUCAAGGCGUUUGACACGGAGGAACACACAAUGCAGCCUGAGGGAUUCGACGAGGCGCGAGCAGCACGGAUUCAGGAGCUGGAGGACAUGGUGGACAACUACAAGAUGGAGGUGCAGCGGCUCCAUGCCGAGCUGUCAUCUAUGGAACAAUCGGCAUCGCAGCAAUCAUCCUCACCACUACCGCAGCUGCUGUCCGCGGGCACCAAGCGGAGUCGCGCCGAGGACGACGCCGUUCACGAGCAGAUGGGCCAGCUUACGCGUAAGAACCGCAAGCUCCAGGAAGAGCUGACGAGCGCGCAGACGCAGGUCGCCAUGCUGGAAAAGGACCUCUCGACGACGCGCGAGCAGCUGGCGGCGGCCAAGGAGCAGACCAAGACGCGCAUCCUGUCGCUGCGGAGCAACCCGACGUCGGACCACGAGGCCAUCAAGCGGGCGACGCUGGAGGCGCUGCAGAAGGAGAACCGGGAUCUGCUGGCGACGCUGCGGUCGAGGGAGACGGACCCCUCGAUCCCGCUGAUCCCGACGUCGGUGCUGGGCGCCAUGGAGCGCGAGAUCGCGGCGGCCAAGGCGGAGACGGCGAGCGCGCAGAAGUCGGCGCGGCGGCUCAAGGAGGUCUGGGGCUCCAAGUCGCACGAGUUCAAGGAGGCCAUCUUCUCGACGCUGGGGUGGACGGUGACGUUUAUCCCCAACGGCAAGAUGCGCGUCGAGAGCACCUUUUACCCGUCGCAGACGGACGAGCACGAGAACUCGAUUGUGUUUGACGGCGAGAGGGGCACGAUGAAGGUCGGCGGCGGGCCCAAGAGCGCGUUUGCGCGCAAGAUUGCGGAUCACAUUGCCUUUUGGGUGAGGGAGAAGGGGUGCAUACCAGGGUUUUUGGCGGCGCUGACGCUCGAGUUUUAUGAGGAGCAUGCGAGGGCUUCUUCAGGGGAGUGA